AUGAUGCCACUGGCAGAAGCAGGCGCCCUGGCCCAAGGAGGAGGCCCUUCAGCGACGGAGUGGGCCUGCAUUCUGCGGAGGAAGACCCCCAGGCACAAGCAGCCCACCUUACUGAUGGUCAGAGCAUCCAGAAGAAGUGGCGAGACUUCAGCUGUCCUCAAAGCAGGAAGACAGAGUGUUUCUGGCAGAAAGAACAGCACAAGCAAAGAUCUGGGAACCCUAGGUGACUCCAGUUUGAGGGAGGAGAGAGGACACCCCCCCCACCCCAGACAUGGGAAAGCAGUCCACCUGCGCACCGGGAGCAGGACACGUGCCUGGGUGCAGACGCUGGCCUGGAUGUCGCGGAGGACUCGCGGGCCGGUAGAGCGCGCGGAGGCGGCGGGAGGAGACGCAGGUCACGCCCCCUUCCCACCGCCUCCCGCCGCCGACGGCGCGCGCGCGCCGAAGAGCCCGGGACAGGUGACUCCUAGGGGACUGCGUGUGCGCCUCCCCCGGCGGGAGUCCCUUCUUCGCGGCCUCUGCCGCCCCCUGCGUCCCCUCCUGGGCUUCCGAGAGUCUGACUCAGCCAAGCCGGCAUCGCUUCGCCUCCUACAACACAUCCCGAGCGCGAGAAGAAAUUACAGGAUUGCAGGGGCACGGCUAAUGUGCUCUAAUUACCCACCGCCGCUGUCAUCCGCGGCGCUCCUCGGCACUGGGCCAACGCGCCGUAACAAGGACGCCGCUCCCCGGUCCCGGAACCCUCCCUUUGCCACCCCCCACCCACCCACCCACCUCGCGGUCCCCAGGACCACUGGCUGCCGACUCCUGCCGCCCUCCGGGACUACUCCUCAGUCCCAGGAGAGCUAUGAGGCCUCAUUGCGGGGCAGAACUUAGGGAGACCGAAGCGGGCCCCUCCACUCCCCUAAACCUACAGUCCUCGAAGGUCUCUGCUGGAAGAGACUGGGAGAGUGGGGAGGGGCCAGGGACCUAUUUCGUUGACAGAAACACUGAGGUCUAUUGGAAAGCUAGCCUUAGUGGGCGGAGUGGCAAAGGCACGCAGGGCAGCAGUACCCUCGUUUGGCACUUGAGGCACGGAGAAGGGAUGGGAAGUCCGCCCAGCCAGAACUCCCAGACCCGGUCGUUUAACAGUGGCUUUAUGAGCAGCACGACGGAAUCCCUCCCCUGUCGGGGAAAUUACCUUCCUGCGAAGAAAGGUGACAUCCCCGCCACAGACACGGAGGCCCCGCCCACUGGCCAGCUGUGGCCUGCUGGUCAUAGAGCUGGUGAGGAGUGAGGUGGCUCUGGCCUCCCAUGUCGGGUAGGGUGAGAGAGGCCCUGAAGAUAGAAGGCAGACCCAAAAGCCAGAAUUAAAGGGGUAGCUUGGCCAUCAGCUCUUUCCCCCAAACCAGGCUCAGAGCUCUCCUCUAUCAGGAAUUCUUUCUCAGGAGGUCCAGGGGGUUGCAAACUCAUGGCCUUGGGCCACAUUUUACCUUCAGUGAGGUUUUGUUUGGCUUGCAAUGAGUACAUGGGUUUUAGGUUGAAUGUGAGAGCCUGCAGACAAUGUGGGUUCUCCGACUGCCCUCCCAGUGAAUGUGGACCUCUGAUUUAGACCAGCCCGCUGGGCCCGUGCCUUCAUCCUUUUCCUCAGGGACAGGAUCUUCGUUCCCAUGAUUGCUGCCCCUUUGUGGUCUGCACGUUUCUUAGUAAGCGUGCCCGGUCAAGUGUCUCUGGGAGGCCCCUCUUCUCUGUCAUCGUCAGGCCCCCGCCCCAUGCAGUGGCUGUGGUGGCUGCACAUGCUCCCGGAUACCCCUCCGGCACUCCCUUUUGUCAUCUUGAGUUUCAGUCUGUGACUUGGGUGGCACCCUAUCUUCUCCAGCAGGGAUGGCAGCUAUUUUUCUGCCAUGAGACUAGAGGUUGCUUGAGAACAGGAAAUUGGAUCUCUCCCUUCAGACUGGGAUUUCACUAAGGGCUGGAGAAGGGGGGAAUAUGGGAGGAUUAUCUUCCAUCACAGGGAGCGCUCUCAGGGCAGGGCUGUGUCUCCGAUUCAGACUGAUGGUUCCCUGAGGAUGGGGCUGCUUCUCCCCUCAGACUGGGGCUCCCUCUCCCGUCAGACUGGGGCUCCCUGAGUCACGGCUGUGUCUCCUCUCAGACUGGGGCUCCCCAAGUCAGGGCUGGGGCUCCCCUCAGACUGGGGCUCCCUGGGUCAGGGCUGUGUCUCCCCUCAGACUGGGGCUCCCUCAGGACAGGGCUGCAUCUCCCCUCAGACUGGGGAUCUCUGAGGACGGAGCUGUGUCUCCUCUCAGACUGGGGCUCCCUGAGUCAGGGCUGUGUCUCCCCUCAGACUGGGACUCCCUGAGGAUGGGGCUGUGUCUCCCUCAGACUGGGACUCCCUGAGGAUGGGGCCAUGUCUCCCUCAAAGUGGGGCUCCCUCAGGACAGCGUUGUGUCUCCCCUCAGACUGGGGCUCCCCGAGUCAGGGCUGUGUCUCCCCUCAGACUGGGGCUCCCUGAGGAUGAAGCUGUGUCUCCCCUCAGACUGGGGCUCCCUGAAGAAAGGGCUGUGUCUCCCUCAGACUGGGGCUUCCUGAGGACGAGGCUGCAUCUCCCCUCAGACUGGAGCUCCCUGAGGGCAGGACUGUCUCCCCACUUCAGACUGGGGCCUCCCCCAGGGGACAGGGACUGUGUCUCCCCUGGGACUAGGUUCUUUGUGUCUUCUGUAUCAGACUGAGAUUCCCAUGAGGACAGGGCUGUGUCUCCCCCUCCAUCUGGAGCUCCCUGAACGCGAUGGCUUCUCCCCUCAAAUGGGACAUUUGCACCCACCCCACCCUCCAGCUCCACAUGGUGCCCAGGCAUUCCUCCCAGGACACCAUUUGUCACGCUUUGAUGAAUGAAACCUACUAAGAAUAACUCAGUCCUUGUAGACUCAAAGGACAGGGGGAGGGAGAGGGAGGAGGCUGGUGAUUGUGGGGGUGCUGGGGGAGGAGGGACACAAUCCAUUUAUUCAAUAGCAUUUCCUGGGUGCCCAGCUGGGCACUGGGGGAGACACAGUGAGUGCCACAGAGCCCCCUACUGUGCCAUUUCUGCCACUGACAGCCAGGGGUGUCCACAGGACCCCUGAGAGAGAAAGUUCAGGCCCCUGCUUCACAGCCUCCCCACCCCAGCAGUCAUUACCUCAGGGUCAGCCGGUCCCCUCCAUGCCAGUCAUGAGCUCCCUCUGCCCCUCCCUUCAGUGGAGGAGAGACUUCGAAAUCAGGUGCUUGGGGUGGGGGCGCUGCUCCCAGUGGGGGUGUGAGGAAUCCGGAGGACGAAUCCCUGUCCCCCACCCUCCCCCUUCUCUAUUCUUCCUUACCCUGCCCCUUUCCACUCCAGAACCUCAAGCCUCUAGUUCAUAUUCGGGUGACCUUUCCAAUGCAACUGUUCUCGGGGGGCCCUUGGGAGCCGGGAGGCUGUGACCUUAACCCACUUCUUUGGACAGUGCCUUCCUGGCACUCCGCCCCCACCUGCCACCUCCUGAGAGGAACAUUUCGGCCGGUCUUGGCAAAAACAUCAGUCUAUGAUCCAGGCAGCCUGGUACAGUACCAGCUCUGCCACUGACACCACUGUGACCUUGAGAAGCCAUUUACACAUAUGGGCCUCAGUUUCUCCAUAUGUAAAAUGACUUUUGUUUAGCUUUCCUGAUUUUCAAACCUUUUUUUCAAACAAUGAAUCCUGUUGUUUAAAUUGUAAAUCAUGUGGCACCUCUGUUCUCUGUGGUAACAUAGGAAAAAAGUUGAGGAUUCUUUGGUCACAAUAGGGGUGGGCUUCAUGCCCCAGCGGUUAGUCCAUGACACAUGAAUGCACACAUACUUGUGCACACAGAUCAGCUCCUGGGCACUGCAGAGUCCAUUUCACAAACGUCUGAACCCUGAAAUCCUUUCCUGCUCAAACACUGUGGGACCCUGACAGGACUGGGAGCUCUAGAACCAGGGGUGCUGACAGCUCUAAGGAGGAGGCUGUGAUUUCGGACCCCUGGGCCUGGGGCUGGGGCUUGAGCCAGCAGGGGUUCCUUUCCACACUUGGGUCCAAAGUCACUGCCUGGGCAAACCCUCACUGCCCUCUGCCCUCCCCACCCAUCCAAGCCAGAUGUCAGAUAAGCUUGUCUGAUGCUGAGCCCCCUUAGACGGGUGGCGGGGGCCAAGUGGAGACAGAGUGUCCUUCCUCAGUGGGGAGGAGGCAGCAGGUUGGGUGGCGGGCUCUGGGAGUUCUUCUCUGGAAUCCCUCACAUGCCUCAGAGGAGGCUCGAAUGGUAGGGUGGGAGGACCAGCAGGGCCCUGCAGUGGCUGAGGGCUAGGGGCUGAUCCCAGGAAGCCCAAGGCGGGCAGCAUAGGUAGGGGAGACUCAGGGAGCUGCACCACACUCCAUCUGCAAGUGUGAGAAUUUGAUACCAACAGAGAACGCAGGUAGGACAGGGCCCAUCAGACACUGGUGACAGGAAGGCAAGAGUGAAGAGAGGAGAAGGUACAGCCCAGGGAAGAAAAAAGUCACCAAUAAGAGGCAGGCCUAGGCCUGGGCUCCCAGCUUGGAGCAGCAGAGCAGAUCCCUUCAAGGGAGAAACCACAGAUAUGCCCCAACCUCUCCUUGAUGCUGUGAGUCGGGGGUGCUUAGAAAGACCCGUGUUCAGUUCCAAAUGCCCAGGGUCACCAAGAAGGAGGUGCUGCCCCCUCCCCUGCACCCCAAGCAACCUGCAUCUGCAUGCCCUGGAGAGGCCAUUGCUCCGGAUUGCCCUCAGGGAACAUGACUGGGGAGCUGCUGUGAGAGUUUUCCCUGAGUCCCCACCUCGGGGGACUCGGUGUACAAUGAGGGAAGGGAAGAGGUAUCUCACUGACUUCUGUCCUUCCAUCUCAGACAAAGACUCUCUCUCUCUCUCUCUCUGUCUCUCUCUCUCUGGCAUUUGUCCCCAGGGAGUGCCUAGAGACUUCAAGCCUUGGCCCUGGAAACUCCUAGACGGCAGCUAUGUUGCCAGGCACAGCUCUGGGCACUGAGGCUGCAGCAAUGAAAAAAUCAGCCAAGUUCUCUGCCUUCAUGGUGCUCACAUUCUAGGCAGGGAAAGACAGAUGAUCAACAAGUGAAAAAAUCAUAAAGCUCAUGUCAUGGUGUGGCAAGUAUUAGAGUGGAGAGUGAUGGGGUGGGGUGGGAGCGCUGUUUUAUAUGGGGUGGUCCAAGAAUAUCUUUGUGAGGUGGUGACAUUUGAGUGGAAACCUGGACAGCAAGAAGCUAGUCGUGCUUUGGGGUCAAAAGGACUCCAGAAUUUCAGUUUUUUAAACAGAAAACAUGUGUUUACCCAUAAACAUUAAAGGGCAGGGAAAUUAGAACUAUGUUUCUGGAGCACCUAUUAUAUGUCUGGCACCAUGAUAGACAAUUCAUAGACAUCAUUUCCCGUCGCCCCCUUCAGAACCCUGUGUGUCACAUAGCAUUGUUUUCACAGAUAUCAAAUGAGAAAUCCAUAGAGAUUAUUUCAUGCAUUUAAUAAAAUUUAUUGAGUAUUCACCUCUGAAAA